AUGGUACACCUUUCUUAUUACAUCAUGCUCACUACUCGGUGAGCUUUACUACACUGACGUUUCCGAACGCAGCUUCUGGCAGCCUAGACUUUGCAUUAAGGAAGUUUUUAUUGUAUUAUCUUAACCUCUAUUAACCUUUCGUAUUAUUUUUCUUAAGAUAAUACAAAUUUAUGAAAUUUGUAGGGAAAAUUAAAAUUUGAAUUUGUAGUUAAGCUAAACUAUUUGCUGUAUGUUUUAAUUUUGUCUUUGAAAAAUUCUUGUGGACGUGAUGUAUAAGAUGUUUUAAGAUAUUGAAUUAUAUAUGAAUGUAAAAUGCAUAGUGAAAGUGAGGAAGGAGAAAUUGUAUCAGACUUCGAAGAAGAUUUUGCAGAAGAGUUAUGCAGUUUACCUCAUGUUCUAAAAUUCAUACAUAAACGGAAUGAAUAUAUAAAAAAACAACGGAAAAAAAUUGAUAAACUUCGAAAGAAACUCAAUCAGAAGAAACAGCAAAACUUGAUAUGUACAAAAACAUUUGUACACUGCGGGACUCAGACAAAUCCUUUAAUUUUUAAUGACUUAUUAUCACAAGAUUGGAAUAUUAAUCACAAUAUUAAUUCAUCAAGUAUAGUAGAUCAAGUGAAGCAAGUAGCAGAAUCAGCUUUAUUACAGACUGGAUUUGUUUAUGAGCACACAUCAGGAAUGUAUUAUGAUUAUAAAACUGGAUAUUAUUAUGAUACGAAUCAAGGUUUAUAUUACGAUGGAAACACUGGAAUAUAUUACUAUUAUGAUGAGGAUAGUAAUACGUAUCAAUUCCAUAGUCAAAUCUGUAUAGACAAAACUAUUCCUACAUACCUUUCAACUUUCCAAAAGAAGGGAGAAGAUACUGAAAAAAUAUAUAAGGAUGACAUGAAAAAGGGAAAAUAUACAAAUGAAGAAAAUUUUGAAGAUAAAGAACCAGAAGAGGGUGAAUAUUUACAGAGUGAAAAUGAGGGCAUUUCUGACAAAAUUAUUCCUGAUGUAUCUACAAAUAGCGAAAGUGAUGAUGAAAAACAAGAUUUAGCGAAAAGUUAUCCACCAUGUAUGAGACUUAUUGUUAAGGAAACAGAUUUAGCAAAAUUAAAAUUGGGUUCUCUCUUUCUCGUGACAUGUACAGGAGGUACGUUAGGUCGAGAGGGAGAUCAUUCAGUGCUGAUAUCGGAUAUAAAUAUUAGCAAGUAUCAUGCACGUUUUAUAUACGAUGAAACUAAGAAACAGUAUCAAGUGAUAGAUUCCGGUUCAAGAAAUGGUACUUUUAUAAAUGGUAAACGAUUGUCAGUAGCUAAACAGGAAUCUGAGCCUUAUGAAAUAACGCAUGGAUCAGUUAUAAAAAUUGGUGGAACGAAAUUACUGUGUCAUAUUCAUCACGGAAAUGAAACUUGUGGUCAUUGCGAACCAGGUCUUGUUCAACAAAACAUUAAUCUCAAUGAAAAUAAAAUUUUGAAGACAAAACUUUAUAAAGAAGAGUUGCGACGUCUAAAACAUAAAUUUGGAAUUGAAAAGGAUAAUGUUGUGUCUAGUGGUCAAUUAGCUUCAGGUUACCAAGAUAGAGCACAAGCUAGACGGCUGUAUGUAGGUUCGUCGGAUCCUCACGCUAAGACACAACAAAGUUCUGUUCACACAUCAAUAACAAAGGACAAUAAAGGAUUCAAAUUGCUUUCGAAAAUGGGUUGGUUCGAAGGUCGUUCUUUGGGCAAGGAUGGAAAUGGAAGGACAGAACCUCAACCCUGAAAUUUUGUCGUUUUAUCAUUUCCUGGAUUGACAGCGAAACGCUAUGUGGAGGAAGUUUUGCAUCUUCACGUCAUUCCGAUGCGUUGUCAAAUGGGACGCAAUUUCAUCUUAAUCGCCGCGUCGUUCAUUCUCUCCCUCUAUUGUUAUUCUAUCUCUCUUUCCUGUAUAUGAUCUUUAUUUUACAUACGGUUAGAUAGAAGUAUAAGAUGAUGGAGAACGCAAUGCUAGAGAACGCUGGUAUGAGAGAAAUCAUGAAUGUGAAAGAGAGAACGGAAGCGCAAGAGAAUACGAGAGAAAGAGCGAGAAGAUAGUACUGCGGACGUCACGCGAUCUCGUGGCGCGUCAAAAUGAGUUGGAAGGGGGAUCGCGUUUUGCGGUCACGUUUCGAAGUCCGUGACCGUAACUGAGGAACGGCUGAAUAAGAGGGGGAAAUCGCGCUCCGGAAUCCGCGCCCGUCCACCACUACAGCUAUGAUGCUCCAAUCUAUUUGUAAUGUUUCCGGUCGCAUGCUCUAUCCUACUCAUUAUGUGAGUGUGAAAGAGCAUGAGAGUGUGAGAGAGAAUGAACGAAAGCACGAGAGAACGCGUGAAUAACACUGCGGCGGAGGACGUGAGCGCCAGUGAACAUGAGUGUGACGGGAGCAAGAAUAUAUAUCUAGGAUGGAGUGUGUGAAAGUAAAGGAAUACAACAAAAAAA